AUGCUAGUGAAAGUUAAAGUUGAUCAAAGGAAAAAUAUUUGGAUUUUCCUAAAACCGCUGAGAUGGGAUCUUUGGUUAACAUGUGGAGCAGCAUUUUUAUUCACAGGGAUUGUAGUAUGGAUUCUUGAGCAUCAUUCAGACACAGACUUGAGGGAUCCACCAGUGCAACGACUUAGCACAAAUUUUUUGUUCUUCUUUUUAACUCCACUGCUUGUCAAUGGAAAGAAGGUGAAGAACAACUGGACAAAAUUUGUGUUGGUCAUCUGGGUCUUUGUGAUACUCAUCAUUACACAGAGUUACACUGCUAGCUUAGCCACAAUUUUGACAGUUCAAAGGAUGCAGCCAUUAUUUGCUGAUAUUAACGAGCUCAGGAUGAAUAAUUAUGUUGGCUACAGAAAGAAUUCUUAUGUGAGAGAUCUUUUAACAGGACAAUUGAACUUCAAUGAAUCCAGGCUAAAAAGUUAUGUGAGCCUCGAGGAGUUUCACCAGGCGUUGUCUAAAGGAAGUAAAAAUGGUGGAGUUGAUGCUAUCAUCGAUGAAAUCCCCUUCUUUAAGCUCUUUCUUUCUAAGUAUUGCUCUGGAUACACAAUGGCUGGACCAAUCUACAAAUCCGAUGGCUUUGGCUUUGCAUUUCAAAUAGGGUCACCCCUCGUACCUUACAUUUCAAGGGCAAUCCUGAAUGUGACUGAAGAUUACAAGAAAAUGCAAGAAUUGGAAAGAUGUUUCGAUCAUCUAAAUAUCUGCCAAAAUUCAAGUUCCAUAUCCUCUGAAAAUAGUCCUAGUCUUAGUGCGUCGAGUUUUGGCGGCCUCUUCAUCAUCACGGGAGUUGCUUCGUUGUUUCCAUGUUUGAUAUGUUUGGUUAAAUUCCAUAGCAACAAUUUGCCUACAGAAACAAUUUCUCUUCUUUGGUCCAAAAUUAGUCACUUGGUAGGGCGUUUAUUCUAUGGGGAUCUACCUUUGAGAACUCAAUCGUCUAUGAUCUACAGAGAUGAUGAACAUGAAGCUUCAAUACUUAGAAAUACUGGGGACAACCUGCAGAGUCAUUCAACAUUUAUCAGUCAAGGACUAGAGAUGGCAGCCUCUGAUGAAGAAAACGAGUCACAGCAUGUGGAUUCUCAACCAUUUAUUAAUUAA